AUGGAGUGUUUUCGGCAGCUGGCUCGACUGGUCAAGGCCCCGUUCAAGCGCGAAAAGCCGCAGCAGCGGGUGCUGGAAAUUGGACCCCCCACCGACUUUCGCAAGGAGGAAAUGCCUUCCUUCUUCCCGGACGAUGAUGCCGCCACUCUGCACAGUCGUGGAUCGACCCUGGAGAAGGAGAAGGAUAUUGCCAUUGCGGCGGUAGAACGUCAACAGUCGACGCGGGAUAAGAUCAAGACGCACGUCCGGAGACUGAGUGUUCGGGCGGCAGGGACUAAGCCGCUGCCGGAUCAAGAGGAAUGA